UUGCCUCUUUCUCUCUCUAUAUCAUAUGACUCUCUCUCUAUAAUUCUCGCAUGUGAUUCUAAUGUGUAUAGCUUUCAUCCAUAGAAGUACUUGGGAUCUUGAUAACUUCAAACAGUGGAAGAAUCUGUUUAUUGUCAUUGAAGCCGCUUGGAAAUGUUCAUGAUUGUUGGCCUUUCUAACGGUGAGUGAGUUCUAUCGGCGGGGUUAUCUGUUUGAGUUAUUUGAAAACUAUACAUAUUGGGUAUACUAAAGGUUGAAAAUUUCUUUUGAUUUUUCUGUGGGGAUGCGAAAUCUGUUAAGAGACUGAAUUAUUUUAGUAAUGAUGAAUACAAAUGACCAUGUUUUAUCGUUUUUAAAUUCACUUCAAGUUGUUAAGGAUGCAUUUUCUCCAUUUGAAUCUGGUAUAAGGAAGGCUGUGAAAGAUUUGGACCAUUGUUGGUCUGGUUCAAAGUUUUGGGAUAAUAGCUAUGAAGUUAUUGAUUCUGAGUUGUAUCAAUUUGGGGAUAGGAAUAGCAAUCAGAAUCUGAGUUGUUCUUUUAAGAGAAAGAGCUGUCAUUGUGUUGUCAAUGAUGAUAAGAAGAAAGGUUUUUGUAUAAAAGUUCCGGUUAAAGCCUUUUUUUGGUGCAUUGACAAUAAAGUACAAAAGAAUGAAAAUUCUAGCAAAGAGUUGAAAGUUGAGGAUGUUAAUGAAAUGGGAACUUGCUCAAAUUGUCUACAGUUUGCCUUUACUUGGUCAUUAUUGUCUAGUGGUUUUGCUAAUGCUUUUCCAAGUUCAUCUAAGGCCAGCAAAGAGCAAGUUCAGGAUAAAAGUUAUGCAUGUUCACGUUCCCAGGAAGCGAAAGUGGUCUCAAGGGAUUAUUUUGCAGCAGGACGUCAAAGUGUAAAUUCAAAACAAGAACUGGGUAACAAUUUAUCAAUUGAAUAUUUCAUGGGUUAUGUUUGCGAACAGUUGAUGCACAACCUUCACAAGUUUGAACUGAGAACCCGUAAAAGCCAUGGUGAAAAAUCUGAUUCACCUCAAGUCAAUUGGUUUCUGGAAAAUCUGAAAUUUGCUAGAAUGAGUGGAAACACGCCGUCCAAUAUGGUAGGUACCAUUUCAGUUAAAGAAGAAGGUGAUAUUUGUGACGUUGCUGGAGAAAAAGAACAUAAUGGAGGAAAUUCUUCACAGAAGUUGGCGAAUGCACUACUUAAUAUACCAUUGUCAAAUGUUGAAAGAUUCAGAUCUACUCUAUCCACUAUGUCCUUUACAGAACUAAUUGAGCUUGUACCUCAGCUAGUGCGAGCUUCAAAAGAGUAUCCUGACAAGAAGAAGCUAUUCUCAGUCCAAGAUUUCUUCAGAUACACUGAAGCCGAAGGGAGGAGAUUUUUUGAGGAGUUAGAUAGAGAUGGUGAUGGACAAGUUACUCUAGAAGAUCUUGAGGUUGUUAUGAGAAAACGUAAACUGCCACAAAGAUAUGCACGUGAAUUUUUGCAGCAUACUAGAAGUCACUUGUUUUCUAGAUCUUUUGGCUGGAAACAGUUUUUUUCCUUGAUGGAACAAAAGGAAUCAACCAUUCUCCGAGCAUAUACUUCUCUCUGUUUGAGCAAGUCUGGAACACUACAAAAGAGUGAAAUCUUAGCAUCGCUGGGAAAUGCAGGACUUCCUGCAAAUGAGGAAAAUGCUAUUGCAAUGUUGAGAUUUUUGAAUGCAGACACUGAAGAAUCUAUUUCUUAUGGACAUUUCCGAAACUUUAUGCUUCUCCUUCCAACUGAACGACUUCAAGAAGAUCCUAGGAGUAUCUGGUUUGAAGCUUCUACUGUUGUUGCUGUUCCUCCACCAGUGGAAUUACCAGCUAGCAGUGUUCUAAAAUCUGCAUUAGCUGGUGGCCUAUCCUGUGCACUUUCUUGUUCUUUACUGUUCCCUGUGGAUACAAUAAAGACUCGAGUACAAGCAUCAACACUUACUUUUCCAGAGAUAAUAUCCACUCUGCCUCAGAUUGGAGUCCGGGGAUUGUACAGAGGUUCCUUACCAGCAAUUUUUGGACAGUUCUCAAGUCAUGGAUUGAGAACUGGGAUUUUUGAGGCAAGCAAGCUUGUGUUGGUGAACUUUGCUCCAACACUUACUGAAUUACAGGUGCAAUCUGUAGCAUCAUUCUGCAGCACAUUGUUGGGGACAGCAGUGAGGAUACCCUGUGAAGUGUUAAAACAAAGAUUGCAGGCAGGAUUGUUUGACAAUGUCGGAGAAGCAAUUUUGGGUACAUGGAAUCAAGACGGUUUGAAGGGUUUCUUUCGUGGAACUGGUGCCACACUUUUCCGAGAGGUUCCUUUCUACGUAGCAGGCAUGGGACUCUAUGCCGAGUCUAAGAAGGGUGUCCAACGACUUCUUGGAAGAGAGCUUGAGCCAUGGGAGACAAUAGCGGUUGGGGCACUAUCAGGUGGGUUUGCAGCGGUUGUUACGACACCAUUUGAUGUGAUGAAGACAAGGAUGAUGACUGCUCCAGGUGGGAGGUCUAUCUCAAUGCAAAUGGUGGCCUUGACCAUUCUACGUCAUGAGGGUCCUCUUGGACUAUUUAAAGGAGCUGUCCCUCGCUUCUUCUGGAUUGCUCCUUUGGGUGCCAUGAAUUUCGCAGGUUACGAACUUGCUAAGAAAGCUAUGGUAAAGAAUGAAGAGCAGCAGCAAGCUGGUGAGCAUCAUCAUCUUUCCAAGAAAAGAUCCUAAGAGUUGAAUAAAUAAAAUGAUUAAUCAAUUUUCUAACUUUCUGUUGGAAAUUUCAAGUUUUUUUUUUUUUGUAAAAGAACUAACUUUUGGUUAGAUAUAAGGUGGUGUAGCAAUCAAUCAAAAGUUAUUUGAAUUUUUGUUAGGGGUGGUGGUUUAGGCAGUGCAUAUCUGUUUUCUAACAUUUUUAUUUAUUUAUUAUUUUGUUUAUGUCGGAUGGUGGCUGCCUAUGAAAGACAUGUGUUUUUGUUGAAUCUCUUAUGCACAAGUUUGUAUAUAUAUCUGUCUUUUUGUUUUGUUGUU